UGACUUUCUGAUUUUCAUUGACUGCCUUCCACUUGUCCAAAUGGGAUGAAAUUUGACAUGCUUACCAUGCUAUGUGUUAGGUUUGAUCAUGAUUUAUUUCGUGAUUUUUGGAAAAUGUUUAGAUUGCUUUUGAGUUAAGUCUUUCUGUUGACUUCUAUGAGCUUCUGUUUGCCAUGUUUUGACCUAAGUGGUUCAUGAAAUGAUGAUAGUGAUUGAUAUGGAUGUGAGCCCAAUUGGUUUUGUUUCCUAAUUGUUUGAACAUGAUUUUGGAUACUUACCCCUUGCUGUUUUUACUUUCUCAUUCACUUUUGACCCUAGGCUUGCCCUAGUGGUCCUGUUACUCACCUUUGAGUUUGUGUUUUCAGGUUGACCAUCAAAUGGCCAUUAAGACCAAUUCUUUUGAUUGAGCUUACUCAAGUAUCAUUGUCUAACCUCUUUGUUUUGUAGGUGGCUUGGCUCACAUGCCUUAAGCCUUGUGCCUUGCACAUCCAUGUGCCCCUAAUUGACUGUUGGUGUCUGUUUCUGUUUGCUUUGUUUGAACUUGUAUACUAACUGUGCUUGACUGAUUUCAGGUACUUUAGUUGCUUUUAGUUCCUUGUGAACUUUUGCUUUGCUUUGCUUGUAUAAGCAAUUUGCAUUGAGGCAGGAUAGCUGAUCAACGUCCGCACCGCUACUUAACAAGACUGAAUCGACAGAGAAGUAUGGAUCAAUUUCAAGCUGAGUUGGCUGAGAUGAAGGCUAGCAUGGCCCAGUUUAUGAAUAUGAUGCAAGGGGUUGCGCAAGGUCAAGAAGAACUUCGAGCUAUGGUUCAGAGACAAGAGGCUGCAAAUCCACCGAUCAACAAUGCUCCGCCAGAGGGAGGCCCGGUCAAUGAUAACAAUGUUGCUACUGCCGUACCCGUCAACAACUAUGCUGUAGGUGAUGAGUUGGGGGGUAUUCGAAUCAACGGUCAACCUAUUGUUCCAGAUGCCGCUAAUGCCAGAGUAGUCCGUGCUCCGGCCCGUAAUCCUGCUACGAUUGUUGACAGACAAGAGGAUAUGUUCUCUCUGCUCAGUGAAGACGAAGACAUUCUAGGAAGGGUUAAUGAGAGAGAUCGUAAGGUUGAAGCUCUUGCUGAGAAGAUCCGUGCUAUGGAAAGUCAAAAUUCUCUCGGUUUUGAUGUCACCAAUAUGGGGUUGGUUGAAGGUUUGAGAAUCCCUCACAAGUUCAAAGCGCCGUCCUUCGACAAAUACAACGGUACUUCUUGCCCUCGCACCCAUGUGCAGGCUUAUUAUCGAAAAAUCUCUGCGUAUACCGAUGAUGAAAAGAUGUGGAUGUAUUUUUUCCAAGAUAGUCUAUCUGGGGCUUCUUUGGACUGGUACAUGGAAUUGAAGAGAGAUUCGAUCCGAUGCUGGAGAGAUCUGGGUGAAGCGUUCCUCAGACAGUACAAACAUAACAUGGACAUGGCGCCUAGCCGGACUCAGCUGCAGAGUCUAUGUCAGAAAUCCGGAGAAAGCUUCAAGGAGUACGCUCAGAGGUGGCGUGAACUGGCUGCUAGAGUUCAACCCCCUAUGCUGGAGAGGGAGUUGACAGACAUGUUUAUCGGUACUCUUCAAGGUGUGUUUAUGGACCGGAUGGGGAGUUGCCCGUUCGGUAGUUUUUCUGAUGUUGUCAUUUGUGGAGAGAGGACUGAGAGUCUAAUCAAAGCUGGUAGGAUCCAUGAUGCUGGUUCCUCGUCUUCAUUAAAGAAACCCUUCUCUGGGGCACCUCGCCGUAGAGAAGGAGAGACCAAUGUUGUACAGCACAGAGGGGGUGUGUACAGAACAAAUGCUAACAGAGAUCAAUAUCGUCCAGUAGCUGCAGUGACUAUUCCGGCACCUCAACCUCGUCAACAACAACAACCAAGAGUUCAACAACCGCAACAACAACAACAACAGCAACGUCCUUAUCAGCCCAGACAGAAAUUGCAGGCUGAUAGAAGAUUUGAUCCUCUGCCCAUGUCUUACACAGAGUUAUUACCCGAACUACUCAAGUUGGGGAUGAUUGAGUUGCGUACAAUGGCUCCGCCUACAGUGCUGCCUCCUGGUUAUGAUGCAAACGUCUGUUGUGACUUUCACUCUGGGGCACCAGGCCACCAUACCGAGAAGUGUCGAGCUCUCCAGCACAAGGUUCAAGAUUUGAUCGAUGCCAAGGCAAUCAACUUCGCUCCAGUGCCUAACGUCGUGAACAACCCUAUGCCUCAGCAUGGUGGGCAUAGAGUGAACAAUAUUGAGGGGAAAGAAGAUGAAGAUCUGGUUGUUAAUGUUGAUGAUGUUCAGACUUCUCUGCUAGUUGUGAAGGGUCGUCUGCUGAAUGGGGGUGUCUACCCGGGCUGUGAUGAAGAUUGUUUGGGCUGUGCAGAAUCUGAGAAUGGUUGCGACCAGUUAAGGACCGGUAUCCAGGGUAUGAUGGAUGAAGGUUGUUUACAAUUCAGUAGGGCUGUAAAAGAUCAUGGAACAGCAUCAACUAUCACCAUUUACUUUAAACCGUCUGAAGAACGUGGACAAAGGAUCGUCAGUGCACCUGCAGCCAAUGGUACACCAGUUACCAUUCCCGUGCCUGUAACCAUCAGUGUUCCAACUACUAUCGUUGCGUCUGAAAGAAGGGCUGUUGAGAAUAGUAGAGCUGUGCCGUGGAAGUAUGAUAAUGCUCACCGCAAUUACAGAAGGGCUGAAAAUCCGACGAGACCAGUGAAUCAAACUCCAGUGACAAUUGGUUUACCGAAUAGAGUUCCUGCAACUGUUGGUCCGGCCGUGGAUAAUGUAGGGGGUCCAGGAGGUUUUACCAGAAGCGGUCGUCUGUUCGCACCGCAGCCUUUGAGGGACAAUAAUGCUGAAGCUCUCGCCAAAGCAAAGGGGAAGCAAGCUGUGGUUGAGGAAGAACCUGUUCAGAAAGAAGCGCCCGAGGGGUCAUUUGAGAAGGACGUGGAGGAGUUUAUGAAGAUAAUCAAGAAGAGUGACUACAAGAUUGUGGAUCAGUUGAAUCAGACUCCGUCCAAGAUUUCUAUACUUUCACUGUUGAUGUGCUCUGAAGCACACCGUAAUGCCUUGCUGAAGAUGUUGAAUCUGGCUUACGUGCCUCAAGAGAUUUCUGUCAAUCAACUGGAGGGUGUGAUGGCCAAUGUGAGCACCAGACAUGGUGUAGGUUUCACCAACUUGGAUUUACCACCUGAAGGGCGAAACCAUAACAAAGCCUUGCACAUUACCAUGGAGUGCAAGGGGGCAGUGUUGUCUCAUGUAUUGGUAGACACCGGGUCGUCGUUGAAUGUGUUGCCUAAGCAGAUUCUGAGGAAGAUUGAUGCGGAAGGGUUUGUGCUUAAUCCCAGUGACCUGAUCGUUCGUGCUUUCGACGGAUCCAAACGUUCUGUGUGUGGAGAAGUUACCUUGCCUGUGAAGAUAGGUCCUGAGGUUUUCGAUAUCAUCUUCUAUGUUAUGGACAUCCAGCCUGCCUAUAGUUGUUUGUUGGGGCGUCCAUGGAUUCAUGCAGCAGGGGCAGUCUCGUCGACUCUCCAUCAAAAGCUCAAGUAUGUCUGGAACGGUCAGAUUGUGACUGUGUGCGGUGAAGAAGAGAUUCUGGUGAGUCAUCUGUCCUCGUUCAAAUAUGUUGAGGUGGACGGCGAGAUCCACGAAACAUUAUGCCAGGCGUUUGAGACUGUGGCUCUUGAGAAGGUGGCGUAUGCUGAGCAGAGGAAGCCAGGUGCUUCAAUUACUUCUUACAAGCAGGCUAAGGAGGUUGUUGAUUCUGGCAAAACUGAAGGCUGGGGCAAGAUGGUGGAUUUGCCUAUCAAAGAAGACAAAUUUGGCGUUGGUUAUGAGCCUCUCCAAGCAGAGCAGAAUAGUCAAGCGGGUCCGAGUACCUUUACCAGCGCUGGGCUGAUGAAUCAUGGCGACGUCUCUGCAACCAGUAGUGAAGACUGUGACAGUGACUGUGAUCUGGAUAACUGGGUUCGCCCGUGUGCACCAGGGGGGUCUAUCAACAACUGGACGGCUGAAGAAGUGGUUCCAGUUACUCUUCUAACAGAGUAAUUUUCUGUUGUUUUGUCAUUUUGCAUGAAAAUCCUACGUUCUGCCCAAGGCGUAGUGAUUCA